AUGUUGAAUGAUAUGGCCACAAAUUUGAAUUGCAAAACUAAAGCAUUGCCAAUUAGCUAUUUAGGGUUGCCCUUAGGUGCUAUUCCAAGAAAGAAGGCUACUUGGAAACCAGUUGUGGACAAAGUCAAAAGCAAGUUAGCUGGGUGGAAAAGGAAGAUGUUAUCUUUUGCGGGGAGACUCAUAUUGACUAAAUCAGUAACUUCAGCCUUGCCAGUAUAUUACUUAUCUUUAUUCAAGAUGCCUGAAGGGGUUGCUUCAGAAUUGGAUAAGAUUCAAGCUAAAUUCUUAUGGGGUGGUUCUGAACAGGGGAGGAAAAUCCAUAUGAUCAAAUGGGAGGAGUUGUCUAAAAGAGUGAAUCAAGGUGGUUUGGGUAUUAGGCAGUUGAGGGUUGCAAAUAACUGUUUACUUAUUAAAUGGUGGUGGAGGUUUGGUAAGGAAAAUGAUGCUUUAUGGAAAAGAGUUAUAUGCAGCAAAUAUAAGAUGGAGGCGGGUGGUUGGAUUCCGUCUCUCACCCCAUCCAUGAGUCACUCAGCAGUGUGGAAGGGGAUCAUCUCUGUUGCUGACCAGUGUACUAGCUUGAAGGUGUUUUAUCUGAAUAAUUUUCACUUGAAGGUAGGGGAUGGGGUGAGGAUCUAUUUUUGGACUGAUAUAUGGUGCCAUUCUGUGUGCUUGAAGGAUGAAUUCCCAACACUAUUUAGGUUGUCUUUGGACAAACAGGAGUCUUUGAAUGGUAUGGUUGACAAGAAAAUUACAGCAGGUGGCUGGUCCCUGGUCUAUGAUUGGGAGAAGUUGGAGCUCGACAGAUUAGUUACUAUGCUCCUGGCAGCCCCAGUGCUGUGUCCAGAGUGCCCUGACCAGCCUGUCUGGGUAGCCUCUUCUUCUGGGAGUCUGAUGUCAUCAGAUUUGUAUAAGUUUGUUGUGGCCACUGCUGGAGUCUCUCUGAGCAUAACUAGGCUGAUAUGGCUCAAGCUCUGUGGAGAGCUUUCUCCUGUGGUGGGCUGGAGGGAAGUGAAAGAAGCUAUAAAAGAAGAUUUGGAGAGCAAUACCAUUGGUAGUGAUGUGGUCAAUCUGGAAGUGCAGAAACGAGUCUCUGGUGCUGGCAUGCUGGUCUGUCAAGUUCUGCAAACCUCUGUCUCUGAUCUGUAUGCUGCCCAGGUCUGUUUGAGUGCUAGUUUGCUUAAGUGCUUGGGUGCAUUUCUGUUGGUGCUGGGUCUGCUAGGUGAUUGCUGA